AAUAAACAAACGCCUAAUUUUUGUGAAUAAAAAUUUUCUGCGGUGAAUUUUGUGAAAAAUUGUGCAUAAAAUGGACAUAAAUGAGAGACCAGAUGAAAUUGCUCUUCCAAAGAUUUUCAUAGAGCCCAAUGUGUCCAAUAAGGAUGAAUUGGAAGUGAAUUUGCAGAUGGUGGUUGAAAAAUUAAAGGCCAAAAAGUCUACUCAACUUCCAACAAUAAAUCCGGAUGAGUUGAAGAGAGACAACAUCCAACGAAGAAUUGAUGAGAGUAAUAAGAUUUUGGGGGAACUGCUGCGAGAUGGAACAGAACUUGUGACAAAUAUCCGCAUUGCAAAUGAUAGGAGGGAGAUUGAUCGUCGUGCAGAUGAAGCUCAGCUUAGGGAUGAACUCCUUGAAAAGUUGAAUGCCGAAUCUGAGACUGCAACUGAGAAAUUUCAGGAAAUCUCAGCAAAAUGGGAGGAGUUGGAACAAGUAAAAGAUCCCUUCAAUAUGCAUGAGGGUUUGGAGGAACAAAAGGGGCGUAUUCGUGAGCUGACACGCCAGAAAGAUGAUAUUAUAAAGGAGUGCUGGAAGGAGCUAAAGAAGGCUGAUGAGAGAUACUAUGAGGAUCAGGAGAAACAAGCAGCAGAUAUUGUGUGUCUGGUUGAGAGAGUUGAUCAUCACAUUGAGGCUAUGAAAUCCGCCUAUAGGAAGCACUUGGAUUUCAUGCAGCAGACUAUUGAUCAGGAGAGAACCAGAAUCAAGGGAAACAUCAACCAAAAAUGGGAUGAUCUCUACAAAGAACGCCAAGAGAAGGAAGUGAAGAAGCUCUCUGAUGCCAAGGAGAAGUCAGAAUUCUUCAAGGCUGAGAUUGAGAGAAUCACAGUUCAGCACGAAGAACUUACGAGGGCUACCAAAAUAAACCUAGAGCAUGACAAUGAAGCUCUCCAGUUGGAGCUGCAACGGGUGAAAGCCAACAUCCUCCUGAACUCCGAGAAGCUCGACUACAAUUUCGAAGUACUCAAGCGUCGGGAGGAAGAGAAUGUAAUCAUCAGAUGUCAGCAGAAAAAACGCCUCUUGCGGAUGAGUGAAGUCAUUGCGUCGCUAAAAAAGAAAAUCCGCGAUACAACAUCACAGGGCAAUGCUGAGUGUGGAAAACUUCAAUCUGAGAUUUCAAAGCUGCAAACACAAAUCCGAGAUAUUGAGGCUUCCGCUGUGAUCUUUGCAGACACCAGUGAUUCGAAAUAUUUGGGAAUUUGGGAAAUGAACUACACAGAAGCCAUGAAGCUUCUCAAUCAAAUUCUGGAGAUUGAUGAGCAGCUACAUACCUCGCAAUUGGGAGCAGAAGUACCAUCAAUUUCAUACCAAUUGACCACACUCGAGGAACUUCCAUCCUUCCAGGCAGCAUGUGAAACGAUUGAACAGGAAAAGAAAUCUCUGGCAAGUCAAGCGCGCCAGAAAUCAUCUCAAGUCCCAUCUAAAUCACCCGAUUCUCCAAUUUUGAGGGAGAUUUAUGAAAAAAUUGCCGAUCAAAGUGGUUUUCUUAUUGAGAAAAAACUCGAAGAAAUUAUUGAGCCACUCCAGGAAAAUGAUGAGAAAUUGCUCGUGAAAAUUGAUAACAUCUUCACAGCUCUGGGCAUAAAGAAUGUGGAAGAUUUGGCGGAAAUUCACAAGUAUUUCCUUCAGUAUGCUUUUUGUCAGCAUUGCUCCCAAUCUUCUGAACAAAUUACAACCUCAUCAGAUGCUGAGUGCAAGGAGGAAAAUCAUGAGUUUGUGCUGGAAGUACCAAAAGUUUUAACGAUCUUGCGAGAUUUCAUGGGGGAUCACUACGGUACAAAAGGGCAGCAGGAUGAAAAUCAAUUGUCUGAUAUUGAAAACAUCCCAAAGAUGCGACUGAGUUUGUCCAGAUUGCUAGACUCUGGGGAAGUACGGGACUUUUGGCAGCAGUUUCGACGUGUAUUUCCGGAAGAGAAAGAACGCCUGUGGCAGGGACUGGAAUACGGAUUGACGGAUUACCUGAAGGUGUUAAAAGACAGGGAAAAAUUAGACACGGAGUGCACGCAUUUGAGGAAGCAGAAUGAUGAGUUGAAGCACCUCCUCCAUAAAUACGUUGAAGGUUGCGAAAAUUCAAAUAAGUAAAUCUCCAACCGUUAAUGCCUAAAACGCCUAAAAGAGAUUUUCAGUUGGCCUUUUUCACCAAAUAUCCGUGGAAAAUCCAUGGAAUUCCAUGGUUUAUCAAUUUUAAAUCCAUGGAGAUAUCUGUUUUUGGGAAAUUCUAUGGUGAAAAUUAUGAGUUUUUCACAUGUAAAAGCUGGAAUUUAGCAAUAGAACAGCAUUCGAACAUUGAACUUCGCAUGGGAGACAUCAGACUUAUCUGACGGAUUUCCACUGGAUAAGUCAAUCAGUUGGUUAUGGGGUGCUUGAUGUUAGCUGACGAUAGAAAUGGCGAAAGAAAAUUUGUGUAGUUUGUUUGAAAAUUUCCUCUGUGCUUAAUUAUACAGCUAAUAUGUGGAAUUAAAUGUGAAAAUUUGGUA